AUGUACAGAAUAGAUGUUUCAGAUUUUUAUGACUUCCAAGCAUUCAGAAAUAUGUGUCCAUUUAGCGACUAUAACAAAGCAGUCGAGAAUUUGAAACGUUUAGUCAUUUAUGUUGACUCUGCCCCAGAAUGUUAUGUCAUGAAAGAAUGGGAUGUUGUCUUUAACAAACCAAGAGCAACAAUAGUGUCUGAACAAGAAUGUAGACAGAAACUUAAGAAAAUAAAAGUUGUACAAGUUGGCAUGAAGAUGUUAGAUGCUUGGGAUAUCUUAUUGUCAAAACUUGAAGAUUUUUCAGUUCGAGGUAUAAAGUUCUAUACACCUUCUCCAAAACUUCUAUCUAUCUUCACUGGAUAUAAAUAUGAACAAGUAGAAUGGAAAGAAAAUAUUAUAGAAGCUUGGUUAGACCAUGUCAAAGAAAUUAUAUGCAAUGGAAACGAAAGAGUCUAUGAGUAUAUCUUAUGUUGGUUUGCAAACAUCUUACAACAUCCAAGUGCUAAAAAUGAAACUGCUCUCAUUAUAAUUGGAAAACAAGGAACUGGUAAGAACACAUUCUUUACAGAUAUU